CCGCAGCGGGCAGGGCAGGGGGCCUCCUUGCUGGGGGCGGGCACGUGGCGUUGGGUAGGUUUGAUCGCAGACUCGCGGCCACUUAGGGCACGUCUGACGUAUGCAGGGGGCUGUAAUUUAAUGAUUCAGACCGUAAGAAUUCGCUUUCUACAAAAGCUACUGGUUUUUCCUUAGGAAGUGAGUACUUUGCACUUUAGGGUGUGUAACUUCAUGAAUUUUCCUGGGAAAUUGAAAAAGAAUAUUUUAUACAGUCAUACAUCAUAUUGUAAUCAAUUACAUAAUACGUUGUAUGAUGUAAGUAUUAUAAGGAAGAAGCGAGGUGAUGUGUGAAAAUGUUUGCCAGCAGUUACUGAUGCACUCAGAUCUCAUGAGUUGAUUUGGAAGCUGGCAGACUGACUCGAAUUUGCCUUUCAUCGUUUUGUCCUUAAUUUAUUGAGUGGAGAGUGUGCCAUGUGGAUCAUCUGGUUGGCGUUUGAAUCUGCAGUGCACCGUUGUGCAGUAGCGACUCGACUGCUUUCCUACCCCGCCGUGGGAGGACGCUUCCUACUUCAGAGCUUUCAGAGUGGGCAUUAGCACUGAACCAUGGCCACAGGACCUGCUCCUCGCCAUCUGCUCCUCGCCCGGACAUGCGGCUCUGCUCGGCCCCUUGCUCAGGUGCCUUUAGUGGCCCUGCCCCAUCAUUCUCUGUUCCCCGCCUGGCUCCUGACGUUUACCUGUGCGUGUUGACAGACUCCAUUUGUUUCUGACUCGAGAUGAUUUGACGUCUCACCGCAAAACCCACCAACCAUGAUGGCUGCACAGACGUUAGGCAUAGACGGCUAUCAAGAUGGGCAGCAGAUGCAAGUAGUGACAGAGUUCAAGACGGAGCAGGACCCCACCUGCUCCGAACCCGAUGUGGAAGGAGUGAGCCCUCCCCCCGUGGGGUCCCAGACGCCGAUGGACGCAGACAAGCAGGCCAUUUAUAGGCAUCCACUAUUCCCAUUAUUAGCUUUGUUGUUCGAAAAAUGUGAACAAUCCACACAAGGCUCGGAAGGCACGACCUCUGCCAGUUUCGAUGUGGACAUUGAAAAUUUUGUAAGAAAGCAAGAGAAAGAAGGAAAACCCUUCUUUUGCGAAGAUCCGGAAACGGACAAUUUAAUGGUGAAAGCGAUCCAGGUUUUGCGGAUUCAUCUUCUCGAGCUGGAAAAAGUUAACGAACUCUGUAAAGACUUCUGCAGUCGCUAUAUCGCUUGUCUGAAAACAAAAAUGAACAGUGAGACUCUCCUGAGCGGAGAACCUGGAAGCCCGUAUUCCCCCGUCCAGUCCCAGCAGAUCCAGAGUGCCAUCACGGGCACGCUCAGCCCCCAGGGAAUCGUGGUGCCGGCGUCCGCGCUGCAGCAGGGAAACGUCACCAUGGCAACGGUGGCAGGUGGCACAGUUUAUCAGCCGGUCACAGUUGUCACUCCUCAAGGCCAAGUAGUGACCCAGGCGUUGUCGCCUGGGACAAUAAGGAUCCAGAACUCCCAGCUUCAGUUACAGUUAAACCAGGACCUGAGCCUCUUGCACCAAGACGACGGCUCGUCCAAGAACAAGAGGGGCGUCCUGCCGAAGCACGCCACCAGCGUCAUGCGGUCCUGGCUCUUUCAGCACAUAGGGCAUCCCUACCCGACAGAAGAUGAGAAGAAACAGAUCGCCGCCCAGACAAAUUUGACGCUGCUCCAAGUUAACAACUGGUUCAUCAACGCCAGGAGACGGAUCCUUCAGCCGAUGCUGGAUUCCAGUUGCUCAGAAACUCCGAAAACGAAGAAGAAGACUGCUCAGAACAGGCCGGUUCAGAGGUUUUGGCCGGACUCCAUCGCAUCGGGAGCCGCUCAGCCACCGCCCAGCGAGCUCGCCAUGUCGGAAGGAGCUGUCGUGACGAUCAGCACGCCCGUGAGCGUGAGUGUGGACAGCCUGCAGUCUCUGUCCUCGGACGGGGCCACCCUGGCCGUGCAGCAAGUCAUGAUGGCCGAGCAGAGCGAGGACGAGUCCGUGGACAGCCCGGGGCCCGGCGGGGCCGCGCUGGCCCCCGCGCACAUCGGCGGGCUGGUCCUGGAGAACAGCGACUCUCUGCAGUAGGGCGGGCGCCAGGCCCCGGUGGCCAGGGCCCAGGGCGGGGCCUGGCUCCUCCCAGUUUGCACAGCAAACGUUUUACACAGUCCCGUUUCUAGCCUGUUCAUACGUAGAUGUCGGAGAGUGCACUUUUGUAUUUCGCGGUGAGCUUCAGGAGCGACGUCUCUCACGCUGUGUGCGCGCGUGUGUGCGUUCGGGGGCUUCGAGGAGAUUCUUUGAAGGUUUAACGCUAAAAGUGUGAGGAAUGACAAACGCCCCCAUGAGCCCUCACUAGAUUAAGGAGCAGUGCUGCCAUUUGCUAGAAAUGACGCAGUGUUAACUGAGUUCUGCGGGCGAAGCAGGUCUUGGCGGGCUGAUGUGUGCGUGUAGCCCGCAGGCUCGGAAGAAGCUUCUGCACCUUCAAGCUGCCCGUGCGAGGUGGACAAGACACCACAACGGCCCGAGCGCGGCCUCGCGGGACGUACGGCGACUUCAAUACGUUUUGAGUUCUCUCGUGUUCAGUGAGCCUGUUUCGUUUGCUAUAUAUAAAAAGAAACUCCUAUUUUUACCUUGCUGGAAUUAUUGGAUAAAAAGCUAUUUUUAUAAAUUCGUUAUGAAUUGGAUUAUGACUAUAUUGAGGAUAAAAUUUUUAGAGAGGAAACCAUACACGCUUACUAUCUCGAUUCGGAGUGUUCCGAAUCGACCAAAUUUAACGAACCUGCCCCAAGUUAGUUCGGGUGGUAAUCGACAUUUACUACUGGAAAAGAAACAGCUAUUGAAUGAAAUUUUGAUAUCUUCAAACUUUAGUUUAUAUGUAAAUGCUCAGAUUGCAUUUUACAGUUGACCUAAACACAUGUCUAGAUAGGACUUAGCUAAGGGGAGUGACGUGUAGCCGGGAGUCAGUUAAAAGCUCUCACCGCUCACAUUUCAGUCGGAGCAAAUUCCACCACAGUUAAAUGGCGGCUACACCAUGGUAGCCUGCGUCGUUUUAGAGUUUUUUUAGUCAGCCAUGUCAUUCAUAGAACGUUUAUUGUAAACUAAUAGAAAGCGUCCUCUGUCCCACGGUCAGUAACGUUCAGCUUCCUUACGUAAGUGACGGAGGUCCACGAAGUGACAGGAGCGAACAGGACGGUGCUGACAGCAACGCUGACACCCCUGCUGGUGGCCGCACACGCCGUCGCUCCGGGGGGGGGCGGGGGGAUCGGUGUUUUCUCCUUGUAGUGUGGCUUCGGGCUUCCCCGAGCCUCCCCUCUGGCUCUGUCACAUGGGGUCUGGGAUAACGCUGGGGCUUCCGUUUCUUGGUGACAAGACGAACCGAGAGCGUAGACUGGGUUUUGUUUACUUUGGUCGGUUUGCUUUUAUUCAUUUGCUUGCGAGUGGGGCUCUUUCUCAGAAACGGCACCUUCUCCAUCAGGAAGGUCUGUGCGGAUCUUGGCGGGGUGCCCGGGAUUCGGUGCGUUGUACAGGGCGGCUUCGUGGCCGGGGGUCAUCGGUUCUUGAGAUUCAGCAGCCGUAGCGGGCUGCACAACGGGUUUCUCAGAGGGAUGUUUUGAGCUAGCGCAGGUUUUUCUGGGACCGAUUUUUCCUUAAAAAUGUAUUAAAGUUAAUCCUAGGAAAGUACUUUCUAGAUAACCUAGAAUGCACCAAGAAAUAAUAGAAAUUUCUUUAAAAAUAUUUCAGAGCUUUAGAAAGAAAAAUUUGACUGUCUUUUCUGGGGAGAAAGUCACAUUUUUAGGCAGCUGUUGCAUUCCCUAUUUAUAAACAGUUUUUAAUGUUUUCAGUCUACACACGUUGGAUUUGUUCAAAGCAGGACCCAUGGAAGCCAGCCAGCCUGUCCUCCUCCCGCCCCCGACAGCUGCCCUGCUCGUCAGGUUAGCCAGUCACAGAAGGUGGGCUCCUCGCAGCCCCCGAGCCGUGGGCACCAGAGCAGCGGGAGGUUAGCUGAGGGCCGUGUACACUGUCAGUUUGGAUGCGGGGGCCGAGUCGGGGUUCGUCCACCCAGCCCGGCCUGAGGCUUGACAAGCCUCCAGCCCUCACUGCGUGCACAGGGUGAGGGCCCUGACGACGCCGUCUGCGGUGCCUGGCCCCGACUCGCAGGCUGGUUGGGUCCCCAGAACCACAGCCCGCAGCCCGGCCUGUGUGUCAUCAGUUUGCCCGUUUUCCAGCCCUUGGAUAUUCGAGAGAUUCUGUAAAGUACACCCGUUGGGCCUCCAUUGUAAAUGAGUGGAUUUGACGGGACUGUUGAGUACUUGCUAAAUUCUUUCCUCACAAAGGGGCUUUUGGAUGUGUUUUGAGAGCCAGGGUGUGCACGUUUGUACCCCGGGCUUCGCACGCCCCAGGCCCGCCCCGGCCCAAGCCCCUCCCUCCCCUCACCUUCAGCCUCCAGGCUCAGGACGGUAAGACAGAUGUGGGUUCAUCCGGGAUGCAGAGGGAGGAAGCGGGGCACCAGCUGCUCACAGGCCCAGGGCAGCGCGGCUCGGACCUCACACCUAGUUCCAGGAGUCGGUUCCGUGUGGCCUGCCCCACUGGGCCACCCGUCUUUGACCUGUGAGAGAAAGCGUCAGGGCACUGAUUUCUUUAGACAAAUUCUGACACAGUCGGAAGGUGUGAAAAGCCCAUCUCCGGCAGUUAGUGACAAAUAACUCGGCCAUCUUCCUUCGUUUUAGUUACGUUUGGUCUAUGAACUGACAAUCUUCAAAAUGUGAAUACUGUAACUAUGUUUUCUUGGAUUGUUGUCUUUGAAAGGGAUUUUUGUGAAGCAAUUGAUUUAUCCAAGCAAAAGUAUUAAAAAUAGAAACAUG